GGGAGGUUCCCCAUACCCGUGUCGAAGACGUAAGCUAGGCUAGUGUGCAUAUUGGCACUUUGUUUGGGAAGGUGGUUCUUACUGGAGUAAUUUUUGUGUGGAUUAAACCAUGUCGAGCGGAGCGGAGGACCCAACGAUUGUAGAACAAAAGCGUCGUGAGUUCGAUGCAGUGCGAACUGACCACUUGAAACGAAGACAGUUGUACGAAGACCCAACGUUCUUACCAGUAGACUCGUCCCUUUUUUUCAGCACGCCACCAGCUUUUCCUGUUCAGUGGUUAAGACCAAACGAAAUUACGUGGUAUGGACCGAAACCAGUAUUUAGCGACGGCAUUAAUCGAUUCGAUGUGUGCCAGGGAGAGCUCGCUGAUUGUUGGUUUGUGGCUGCUAUGGCGUGUUUGUGCAGUCGCCCAGAGUACAGGCCGCUGUUUGAGAGGGUGGUGGAUCCUAAUCAGAGCUUUCAGGAUGACUGGUACGCUGGGGUUUUCCGCUUCAACUUCUGGCGUUUUGGCCAAUGGGAACAAGUCCUUAUAGAUGACCUUCUACCUACUAGAGGAGGACACCUUGUCUAUUCCUAUUCUCCGCACAGAAAUGAAUUCUGGCCUGCACUGAUGGAAAAAGCCUAUGCUAAAGUCAAUGGAUCUUUUGAAGGUCUCAGUCUAGGAUUUCUUUUGGACUCGCUGACAGAUCUGACUGGAGGUCUAGCUGAAUUCUAUAGGCUGCAUGGUCCUGACGCUGACUUUCCCAAAAACAUUCACAAAAUUAUACACAGAGCACUGGAAAGGCAGUCUAUAAUAGGCUGUAACAUAUUGAACUCAGGAAGGGGUGUCGAAGCGCUGCGCCCGAACGGACUGUUGGAAGCGCAUGCCUACACGAUUGGAGACAUCAGGGAGAUUGAGUAUGGACAGAAUCGAGAGAAUAAAGUGAUUUUGAUAAAAGUUCGAAACCCGCUCGGAGAUUCUAUGGAAUGGAACGGCAGAUGGAAUGAACGUUCAGACGAAUGGCAGCAGAUUUCUCCGGAGCUAAGAAAGGACCUCGUGAUCAGUAAACCAGAUGGAGAAUUUUGGAUGGAAUUUGGGGACUUUCAAGAGCAAUUUGACGAUGUCAUUAUUUGUAACUUGACACCGGAUUCACCUGUAGAUUUCAAGAAGAAAUGGUUCAGUGUGGAUCAUCAUGGACGAUGGACAAAGUAUUUUAACGCUGGAGGGAGUUCUUCUUCUCCAAAACACUGGUCCAACCCACAGUACCUCCUGAAGCUUGAGGACACAGAUGAAGAUGAUGACAAUAUGUGCAGUGUUGUUAUUCAACUUAUGCAAAAGGAUCGGAGGAAAAUCAAAAGGCAGGAUAUUCGUGCAAGGUUUUUGAACAUUGGCUUCUAUGUCUACAAGAUCCCAGAAGGUUUGUCUCCUCCACUGAAAAAAGAAUUCUUUCAACACAAUAAAUCCGUCGCAAGCGCUGGGGAUCACAGUCGACAGGUCACGAAGCGGCUGACCUUGUCACCCGGCAAAUACGUUGUUGUGCCGUGUACCUUUAAUGCAGAAGAAGAGGGGGACUUUUACCUGAGGUUCUUCUUUGAAAAGGGACAGGUUUCAGAGUAUUUAGAUCAGAAAACGGGAGCCCCAAACAUUUUGGAACCAACUCCUUCUCCAGAAUGGAAAGAAAAAGAACAAACAUUCAGGGACUUUUUUUACAAAGUUUCCGGAGAGGACCUGGAAGUGAACGCUUUUGAGCUGAGGGAGGCCAUAAAUGAAGAGCUGAAAAAAGAGAAUAUCAAUAUCAGUACAGAUGCCUGCAAAAGUUUCAUCACCUUGAUGGCUGCUGAUGGCUACAAUAAACUGUCGUUCAACGCGUUCCAGACCUUGUGGGAUUAUUUAAGCACCUGGAAGGCACACUUUUUCCAGUUUGACGUGGAUCGGUCAGGGUCUUUGGAUUCAAGAGAACUGGGAAAAGUAACAGAUGCUGCUGGCUACAGACUGUCCAACGAGACGUUGGGAAGGCUUGUCUUCAGAUAUGCGGAUGAAAACGGCAAGAUCAGCUUGAAUAACUGCUUUGCUGCAAUGGCCCACUUGAUGAACACUCACAAUGUGUUCCGAGACACCCAGAAUUAUGGCCGAAGUAUCCUGGGUCUUGAACAGUGGCUUGAGAGGACUUUGUUUCUCUGAGUGAGACGGUUGUGAAUCGAGAUGUCCCGAGCUUGGUAGCAGAAUAGAGGAUCACAUCUCGGCAAUUGUUCCAGAUUCUCAAAAAGUGCCUGUACCCAUUGUGGCUUGAUUCAAAUGUUUCAGCUUUCUAUUGUUCAUUUUUUUUAUUUUUACAAGCCAGGCAGUCUUGGGUAUUCUACUAUUUUUUGCUGAUGGGAUUAGUAUUCGGAUUAUCUCUUACAUUGAUAAAAAAUGCUUUUGAUAAAUUUCUACGCAAAUACAGAACAAGAUUCAAAGCGGAAUUAGGUUGAAUUUGUUUGAGGGGUUUUUGUAUUGGUACCAAUUCACAAGGGAAUUUUGGUUUCUCUUUUGCUCUUUGAGUCCUUGGUUGUUGGGGUUUUUUUUCCAUUUAGAUUUUGUCUGUCCUACGCACAAGUAUUUAAUUGAAAAAAUUGAUGUAUGGUUAUAUCAGUUUGAUAUUAAGUCUUAUUACUUUAAGCAACUAUCUGCACAUAUUCACUGCUAUGGUUUUUGCUAAUUCUACUGAAAUCAAAUCUGUUGACUCAUAAUCUGUACAACUUCGUCUUAGUGAUUUUUUUAAGCUGUGUAUUCCAGACCCCUUCUGUUUUGCAUUUCCAGGGAUUUUUCUUGUUGGGUUUUGUCCUUUUCACAUUUCAUUUCUUGUUAUAUCUUGAUUUUGACAGCCGGUACCUCUACAAAAGAAAAUAAUGGUUUAGUUUUUAUUGCAAAUUCUGACAGAGGUAUGCCGAUCAAAAUGCCUAAUCAAGUAAACAACUUUAUUAUGUCAUUUAACUAGUAAAGCAAUGCAGUAUUACUGUCGUGAAGACAAUAGGAAUUGCUCAUGAGUGAAUAUUUUGCUCAAAAUGAGAACUUUGUCCAGUUUCUGUGUUGCUUAUGUAAUUUGACAUGUUUUUGUACUGUUUAUUUUGUGAUAUUUUCAGUGAUGCAAAGUUUAUCGCACCCUUCGUAGAUUUCUUUGUUAAAACGUUACAUGUGAAAGUCAAUAGUUCGCUCGAGAUAUCAGUUUGUCAGUUGAAUUGGACACAAAAUGUAUGAAUAUUAUUACAAAGAAGUGUCUUUCAUGUUACAACACUUGUUUAUAUAAUAAAAGCAUAUCGGAUUCGGUUUAAUGAAAGACGAUUGUUGUGAGCGUUGCUAAACGCAAGGACGUUAGCUGAAAUUAAAACUAUGGAAAGAAGCA